CCCUGCAGGACAGGGGCCUGGGUCGCUAUGGGUUCCACAGCGGCCCCAAAGGGAGCGCUGGGCUACGUCCGAGAGUUCACGCGCCACUCCUCCGACGUGCUUGGCAAUCUGAAUGAGCUGCGCCUGCGCGGGAUCCUCACUGACGUCACGCUGCUGGUUGGCGGGCAACCCCUAAGAGCGCACAAGGCAGUUCUUAUUGCCUGCAGUGGCUUCUUCUAUUCAAUUUUCCGAGGCCGAGCAGGAGUCGGAGUGGAUGUGCUCUCUCUGCCUGGCGGGCCAGAAGCCAGAGGCUUUGCCCCUCUUCUGGACUUCAUGUACACUUCCAGGCUUCGCCUCUCUCCAGCCACUGCUCCAGCCGUCCUGGCGGCUGCUACCUAUUUGCAGAUGGAACAUGUAGUCCAGGCAUGCCACCGCUUCAUCCAAACCAGCUACGAACCUCUAGGCAUCUCCCUGCGACCCUUGGAAGCAGAACCCCAAAGCCCCCCGACAGCCCCUCCACCAGGCAGCCCCAGGCGCUCCGAAGGACACCCAGACCCUCCUACUGAGUCUCGAAGCUGCAGUCAAGGCUCCCCAAGCCCAGCUAGCCCAGACCCCAAGGCCUGUAACUGGAAAAAGUACAAAUUUAUUGUGCUAAAUUCUCAGACUUCACAAGCAGGGAGCGUGGCUGGGGAGAGUUCUAGUCAACCCUGCCCCCAAGCCAGGCUCCCUAGCGGAGAUGAAGCCUCCAGCAACAGCAGCAGCGAAGAAGGCCCCACGCCUGGUCUCCAAAGCAGACUAUGUCUAGCUGCUACCACUGCACAGUUCAAAUAUGGAGCUCCAGCAAAUACCUCCUACCUCUUCACACCCCGGGCUCAAGAAACUUCUGGAUCAACUUCUAAGCAGGCUCACCCACCACCAGGAGGUGAGUUUUUCAGCUGCCAGAACUGUGAAGCUGUGGCUGGGGGCUCAUCGGGGCUUGACCCCUUAGCUCCGGGGGACGAGGACAAACCCUAUAAAUGCCAGCUGUGUCGAUCUGCCUUCCGCUAUAAGGGCAACCUGGCUAGUCACCGCACAGUGCACACAGGGGAAAAGCCCUACCGCUGCUCCAUCUGCGGAGCACGUUUUAACCGACCAGCCAACCUAAAAACGCACAGCCGCAUCCAUUCUGGAGAGAAACCUUACAAGUGCGAGACCUGCGGCUCGCGUUUCGUUCAGGUGGCACACCUCCGCGCGCACGUGCUGAUCCACACUGGAGAGAAGCCCUAUCCGUGUCCCACCUGCGGAACCCGCUUCCGCCACCUCCAGACCCUCAAAAGCCACGUUCGCAUCCACACGGGGGAGAAGCCAUACCAUUGCGACCCCUGCGGCCUGCAUUUUCGGCACAAGAGUCAACUACGGCUGCACCUGCGUCAGAAACACGGGGCUGCUACCAAUACUAAAGUGCGCUACCACAUCCUCGGGGGACCAUAACUGAACCCCCACCAAGACCACACUGACUGCCAAAGGGGGCUACCAAAGCUGCAGGCCCAGGCUUGGCUUCCCUGGCAGUCUUGAUAUGAGUGUGCCAGGCCACUCUGGUAUCAGGAACUCGUCACCUAAUUUUGUACUGAGGAGAGCAGGGGUGGCAGAUCCUGGCUAGAUCUGCCUCUGUUUUGCUGGUCAAAACCUCUUCCUCACAAUCCAGGUUGGAUAGCUAGGGGCUGGGGAAAAGGAGAGACGCAAGGGGCUUGCUCUCUUCCAGGGAACCUUCCCCUGCUCCCCCCCCCCCCGCCCCAUUCCAAAUGGUUUAUCUGUAAAUAUAAUUUAUUUAAGGCCCGUGGGUGGCCCCAGGGCCUUCAUUCUGCUUGCUUUUCCGACUUCCGUCUUCCGAGACACAGAAGGUGAGGGCCCGGCUCUGCUGGCAGGGCUUCCUAGCACUUGGCUCUCUCCUUUGACAUGAGUGUCUCGUUGUUUUCCUUGUAACCGUUCUCUCUGGAAUAGUCCCUUUUCUGUUUGUUUGCUUGUUGGUUUGUCCCUUCAGUUCUAGGAUGCGACCUUUUGCUUUCCUAGGGCAGACCCUGAGAACAUGUAAGAUUGGGUAAGGAAUCCUCUCUGGUAUUCUGGAUGGUGCAAGUCCGGUAGCAGACCAGACAUGGAAAGAGAACGUUCAGCUCUUCGAGGGUGAUGGGAACCUUUUUAGAUGAACACAAAAUGUGGAUAAUAAAUUCCUCCUGAAGGCUGGGAAAAUGGGGCCUAGAUCCCUCAUCAUUCUAAAUGGAGGUGGGUAGUCUCUCUGGCUAGAAAGCACAGCAGCUAAACUGAACCAUUGCUCUUUCCACCCAGGUUUGAAUGCACUGUGCCCAUCUCUCUGAGUCUGCCUCAGGGUCUGAGCUGAGCCCAUGAUCCUCCCACUGAGGUUGAAUUAGUAUUUUCAUGGGGAGAGAGCUAAAGAUCUGUACCAGAGAUUAUAGAACCUGUUCUUAUCUGUCCAGUUCCUGAGAAUGUUACGACCUAGGGAGAAUUCAUGCCAUUCCUUACCUUGACUACCAGUCUGACCCAUCCUUUGCUGCAGGAGAAGCUGCAGCAAAUGUUCCUUGGGGUUCAAUAUGCCCUUCGUCUUUGAAUGUGUUUUUUUGUUUUAUUUUAUUUUGGUUUUGGACAGCUUCUGGAAAGUGACCAGAUUCUAAAAAUUUCCUGUUUCACGGGUGCUUGGUAAUUCUCUUACCUGAGAGUCUGGGUCUGUGACUCAGUCUUCCUCCACUAUGUUCCUGUCUGUGACAUUGGACUUUACACGGGAGACAAAGGGACUGAGUUCCAUGCUGGUCAUUGAGGACUAUCAUUGGAAUUACAUGUUUCAAGGCUUUUAAAGCCUGGUUGAUGGGUUGGCCAAAGACCCCUCCCAUGUGAACAGGUUGCCAGAUGGUGCAUGAGGUUAGCCGAGGGCUGCAGAUUCUGGUGUAGGCCAUGCAGAUAAAAAUGUUAGGGAUGGAGUUCCUUGGUUAGAUGGAGUGUCUGGAAUGUUAGAUGAUGUUCGGGAGCCUCGAUUUGUAGUCCUGCUUCUUGCUGCCCCAGGACCUUAUUUGAUGAUAGGAGUUGGGUAAGAAGACUUGAAUCUGUAAGGAAUUAAGCCGUCAGCUGGGGGCUGCUGAGAAAGCCAUUCCCUUCCCCUCCCCAUCACCUGAAUACAGAAUCGAAGGGAGGGGGGGAGCAGAGGAGAUAAUUGCGAAGGUAUUACGGUUUCUGUUCAGCAGACUGGAUGGGCAUAUGGGAAGUGCCAGCAUGAGAUGUUCGAUCCUGCAAGACCAGAUCCAUGGAAUA